AAACAAUUUUGUGUUUAUCUAUUCAAAAUUCCCGGUCACUUCAAAACAUGUUUCGAACUUUCUUUAACAAAAUUUUUUAGUAUUUCGGGUAUCAAGAAGUAUAUAAGGAAAUAAGAUAUUUGCUAACGUGCCAUUGACAAGGUGUAAAAGAAUAUAUAGAGUCCGAAGAUAACAUUCGGAAUGCAACCAUCACGUUUUCCUAUAUACAAUAAAUCGUAAUUCACGCUUAACAAUAAUUUCUCUUUGGAACAUAAACUUUUAAUUGGGAUCCAAAAACACGAGUUUUGUAACAAGAAUUGUUGGCCUGACGUAUACUAGAUAUUUAAUACAUAAUCAUUUAAUAAACAAGUGAAAAUGAUUAAAAGUUCGAUAUCUGGCAAUGCCACUAAACCUGAAAGUAUAACAUUAAAAUAUAAAGGUGAUGGAACGUCUGUGUCUCCUAAGGAUAGACAAUAUGGAGGAGAUACAAUAUUUCAAAAUAAUGAUUGCCCCUUAACAAGUGAACAAUUCUUAAGAGCAAGACAGAAAUUUGUUCUUCUUGAAAAUGCAAAUAGUACAAACGAUAGGAAUGCCUCAGCAGGAAAAGAUGUUAAUAAAAACAAAAACAGUUCCAAACCAGUUGAAGCAAAUAGAAAUCUUUCGAAGGAGUUUGCAGAGACAAGUUACUCAACCAUUAACACUGAACAUGAAAUCAACUCUCCAUUUCAGCCUCUACUCUAUGAGGGAUCAGCCUCCACAGUCUCACCUGUAGAAUUGAAUCCAAAUGUACACCUUAUCUUCAAAGUGAAUUUGAUUUUACUACCUAAUGAAAAGCCAUGCUUGAGUAAAGAAUGUAGUGGUACAACUGACCUUCAAAAAGAAUUUGAUUUUAAAACGAUACGAAAUAAAUUUAAAAAUUGGGCGGAGCCCAAAAACGAUAACGUAAAGAGGUUAAUAGCUAAACUCGAAAGAAAAACUAAGACUAGUGAACACGAUGGAAGAGAUCAAGUGAAAAAGAAGAAGGAAUAUGGCAAGAUGAUUUAUGAGGAAAAUAACACAAAAAAUGAUGAAGGCAAUAACCAUCGGACCAACCCGAAAUAGUAUCAAACUUGU